AUGGAUUGUAAUUUCUCCAUAUAUGCAAGAUCUUUGACUUUGGAAUCACUGGACUUACCUUCAUCUAACAUUUUUCCAGCAUUCAUAUUUGGAACUCUCACCUAUUGCUUCAUUUUGCUUUUCAAUAUGACUGUGUUGCUCACUAUUGCUCUGAACAGGAAACUUCAUAAGCCUAUGUAUGUUCUGUUGUUUAACUUGCCACUCAAUGAUAUGAUGGGUGCCUCAGCCUUUUUCCCUCAGCUGGUGUCUAGUAUUCUGUCACAGAAUAGAUCCAUCACUUACUCUGCUUGUUUUGUGCAAGCCUUACUGAUUCAUCUGUAUGGAGCUGGAACAUUUCUCACUCUCACUGCUAUGGCUUAUGACAGAUAUGUUGCAAUCUGUUGUCCAUUGAAAUACAACACCAUGAUGUCUCCAAAUAACUUGCUGAAAAUAAUUAUAAUAAUGUGGAUCUUAAAUGUUACUUCGAUUGGUUCACUACUUGCAAUGAACUACCGCAAAGAGAUUCGCAGCACACAAAUAGUGGACAUUUUCUGCAAUAAUCCAUCUUUAAUGAAGCUGGUAUGUGAGGACACAAGGGUAAAUAACUACUAUGGACUGUUUGUAAUGACCUUUUUUGUUGGUCUGUGUCUGCUGAUAGUGGUCUUCACCUACGUCCAAAUUUUAAUCACUGUUGUGGUUAAAAGACAAUCUGAUGCCAGAAGUAAAGCAAUUCAGACCUGUGGUACACACUUAAUUGUGUUCUUAUGCUUUCAGUUCAACACAUUCUUUGUAUUUAUUGCUCACAGAUUUGAAACAGCAUUCCCAAGCUUACGAAGGGCCUUAGGUGCUUCUGCUGUGAUAUUUCCUCCAAUACUUAAUCCUCUAAUAUAUGGGCUGAAAACAAAAGAAAUUAGAGAGAAUUUUAUUUUAUUUUUCCAUAAGGUCUUCCCACAAAAACAGAAAAACAAACUCGUUGGGGUGAAACAUUAA